CCGCUACGGCUUGGCUACCGCACUGCUACGAAUAACGAGCCUGGCGGCAUAAUCUGAGCACUCCCCAAGCCUGACGAGUGGCCCUUACUCUGUAAUAUCUCCGCAACCGGGCUGGGAAGAGCGUCAUGCUCGGCCUGCUCUUCUCCAGAUUAGUCCUCUCGGUCUUGUGUCUCGUCUUCCUCGUAGCUGCGCAGGACGCCCCUGUCACUGAGUUCUUUGAACGACAUGGCUCCUCGCACACCAACAACUGGGCCGUGCUGGUCUGCGCGUCGCGGUACUGGUUCAACUACAGACACAUGUCCAACGCGCUCGGAAUGUACCGCACGGUAAAGCGGCUGGGGAUCCCGGACUCGAACAUCAUCCUCAUGCUCGCGGACGACGCGGCGUGCAACGCGCGCAACAAGUUCCCCGGGUGCGUGUACUCGAGCUCCGCGAAGACACUCGACCUGUAUGGCGACAACAUCGAGGUCGACUACCGCGGGUACGAGGUCACCGUCGAGAACUUCCUCCGUGUCCUCACAGGGCGCGUGGAUCCAUCGGUGCCCCGCUCGAAACGGCUGCUCACAGACGACCGCUCGAAUGUGUUCAUCUACAUGACCGGGCACGGCGGUAACGAGUUCCUCAAAUUCCAGGACAACGAAGAGAUCAGCGCGUUCGACAUUGCGGACGCCGUCGCGCAGAUGUGGGAGAAGAAACGGUAUAACGAGCUGUUCUUCAUGAUUGACACGUGUCAGGCGAACACGAUGUACUCUAAGUUCUAUUCCCCGAACGUACUCGCGACCGGCUCGUCCGUUAUUCACGAAAACUCGUAUUCGUACGAGAAUGACCGGGAUAUCGGCGUAGCGGUCAUCGACACCUACACGCAUUACAUCCUCGAGUACAUGGAAGGCAUCAACAAGACGAGCCAGGCGACAAUGCAGGAUCUCUUCGAUACCUACGACCCGGUCAAGAUCAAUUCACACCCCGGCGUGCGCGAGGACCUCUUCCCCCGUUCACUUCGCAACACGCUCGUCACCGACUUCUUCGGUGGCGUCGCGCAAGCCGAAGUCCUCCUGCCCCCGCCAGCGCACCUCGAUGCCCCACCACCGCACAUCAAGUCCCCCGCGCCGCCUGUGCUUGAGAUGUAUGAUAAUACCAACCUCACGCAAUCUGUUGAGGUCGGCAUGCUGUCCAGUGCGCCGUUUCUCGCGGCGUUGCGGGACAGGCCAGAGUCUGCGUUGGGGGCACCCCUGGCGCGGGGCGCGCGCGCAUGGGCGUCGAGCACUGUUGUCGUACUGCUUGUGGGUUGGAUCGCUACCAGGAAAUGAAUCACGCAGGGUUUUUCCAAUUCACGCCACGGAUAAA